AGGUUCAAAAAACUCAUCGAAUUCGCAGGAACAAAAAAAACCAAUAAAAAAUUGAAAAUUGUAAACAAAUAAAGAGAUGUGCAUUUGCUGAAGAACUAUAGUCAGUUAAUUACAGCUGUAUACGAUCUCUCUCCCUUUGCAAUCGUCUCAUACAAUUUCACAUGAGCGAGCGUGCAACGACGUCGUCGUCUUCUUCUUCCAGCUGCCACAUGAAGCUGAAGCAGCUGACAGCCGGUGCGACGGCUCUCCUGCUGCUUCUGCUGCUGCCGGCAGCUUUCUCCGAUACUGACACCCUCAGUACGUCUCAAAACGAGUUCGGCCCCUUCGACCAAUCGUAUUACAACAAGUUCGCGGUGCUCCUGCCGGCGACGAUCAGCAACCAGGCGCUCCAGAUCACGCCGGACUCCGCCGGAAACUUCACCCUCUACAACCGCUCAGGUAGAGUCUUCUACAACCAAUCUUUCACGCUCUGGAAAGAUUUGGAUUCAGAUUCUCCCGAUUCCGCAGCAAACGAAAGCCACGUGGCGUCUUUCAAUUCGUCGUUCCUGAUUAACGUCUUUCGUCUCAACGGCUCCGCCGUCCCAGGCGAGGGCCUGGCGUUCCUCAUCGCGCCGGAUAUGACCCUCCCGGAGGCCAGCGACGGUCAGUACCUCGGUUUGACCAACGCCACCACCGACGGAGACCCCAACAACCACUUCCUCGCCGUCGAGCUCGACACAUUUAAACAAGAUUUCGACCCGGACGACAACCACAUGGGCAUCAACAUCAAUUCAAUCCGGUCCAACAAGACCGUUUCGCUCUCGGAUGUGGAUAUCCAAAUCGCGCCUCCCGGUACCCGAUUUUACAUGGUCUGGAUCGAAUACGGCGGCGAGUCGCACCAGUUAGACGUUUAUAUGGCCGGGCAAGACGGGGACCCGCAGACCGGGUUCGUUAUCCGGCCCAGGCCCACAAGCCCAGUCCUAACCGCCAAUCUCAACCUCAAGGACAUAGUGAAACAGAAAUCCUAUUUCGGUUUCGCCGCGUCGACCGGGAGCGCGAUCGAGCUCAAUUGUGUGUUGAGAUGGAAUCUGACGGUGGAGCUUCUGCCAGGUGGCAAUGGUGGGAAUACUAAUAAGGGGUUGAAGAUUGGGCUGGCGGUGGGUGUGCCCGCUGUGGCGCUGUUGCUGUUGGCCCUGGGCGGGUUGGGGUAUUAUUUGUACAAGCGGCGGAAGGCGGCGGCGUCGGACGAGAAUAUUUUGGGGGCGCUCAAGAGUCUUCCGGGCACUCCGAGGGAGUUUAGUUUCAAGGAAUUGAAGAAGGCGACGAACAAUUUCGACGAUAAGCACAAAUUGGGGCAAGGCGGAUUUGGGGUGGUGUAUAGAGGUGUGCUGCCCACUGAGAACAUGGAGGUGGCGGUGAAGAAAUUUUCCCGGGAUAAUCUCAAGGGCAAGGACGACUUUUUGGCUGAGCUCACCAUUAUCAACCGGCUCCGGCACAAGCAUCUCGUCCGAUUACUCGGAUGGUGCCACAAAAAUGGAAUGCUACUCAUAGUCUACGAGUUCAUGCCCAACGGCAGCUUGGACAACCACCUGUUUGGCGAGACGGAAAAUGCAACCCUAGGCUGGAGCCAGAGGUACAAUAUCGUUGCCGGAGUAGCCUCCGCCCUACACUACCUCCACAAUGAGUACGACCAACGAGUUGUCCAUAGAGACCUAAAAGCCAGCAACAUAAUGCUAGACUCCAACUUCAACUCCCGCCUUGGGGACUUUGGCCUUGCGCGUGCCCUAGACAACGAGAAGACCUCGUACGCUGAGCUCGAGGGUGUUCAGGGCACGAUGGGGUACAUAGCCCCCGAGUGUUUCCACACGGGGAAAGCCACGUGCGAGUCCGAUAUUUACGGAUUCGGGGCCGUGCUCCUAGAAGUCGUGUGUGGUCAACGUCCGUGGACCAAAAUGGGAGGGUUCCAAUUCAUUGUGGAUUGGGUUUGGUCGUUGCACAGAGUAGGGCGCGUGCUGGAUGCCGUCGAUGAGAGGCUGGGAAAUGAUUACGUGGCGGAGGAAGCCAAGAGGCUUUUGCUUCUUGGGCUGGCCUGCAUGCACCCGAUCGCGGGCGAGAGGCCCAAGACGCAAACUAUUAUCCAAAUUAUUUCCGGGUCGGUUCCCGUGCCCCAGGUCCCACCCUUUAAACCCGCUUUCGUGUGGCCCUCCAGCAAUAUGCCUGAGGGAGUGAGUACCGAAGCAAACACAGUGAAUACGACGUCGUCCUGGCCCCUUGAGAUAUCGGUGGCAGAUACUUCUGACUGGACCCCGCGCUACGACAGCCAGGAUAGCAAUGGAGGAACAAGACAACGUAGUGACAGCUUCUAGAUUUAAGAUCCUUGUUUUGUCGUCAGUCCCACAUUCUCCCAUUUUUCCUUUUUUUUUUUUUUUUGUUAAAAAAAUUAUCUUUGUUUUUCGCUUGAGGAAUUUCAUAGUUUGUAAAUUUUGUUAAUAUUAAAUGUAUAGAUCUUAAUUUUAUAUUCCUUAUGAAUCAUGUAAUAGAAGUGUACAAUUUAAGUUUGGAAAGCUGUGCGAUUAGUGCAUACUGAUCACUACUUCUUUGUGAAUUACGAGUUAAUGUAUUGCCUUAAUCUUUCUUUGUGGUGGGUGUAAUUAUUUACAA